AUGGCGGAGGAGAAGACGACGGCGACGGCGUCGGCGAUAGUCUGGAAUGAGAAGGAAAGGAAAUUCGAGACGGCGGACAGGGAAGCUUAUCUGGAGUACAAGGUGAGGGGAGAUGGUGGCAAAGUAAUGGACAUAACUCACACCUAUGUUCCUCCGAGUAAGAGAGGCUCCGGCGUCGCCGGUCGCCUCUGCGCCGCCGCCUUCUCCCAUGCCCUAAACCGCUCCAUGUCCGUCAUCCCCACCUGCUCUUAUGCCUCUGGUACAUAUCUUCCUCAGAACCCAAAUUGGAAUUCCAUUUUGUUCCAGGAAGGCGUCAAGUCCAGAUUAUGAAGACCUGUCGAUUGUUCAAUAAGAAUCAUAUCAAUUCAGCAAAUGUACCAGUGUGUUUAUUGUGAUUUGUUAUUUUCUACUAAAAUUAAAUGCUACUCCUAUUAUGUUUAGAAAUAUUUAUAUUGGAAAUUUUUUCAUAUACUAAUCAUUACAGAACCUCACUUCA